AUGGCAUCGCGGCCAACCGGCGGCGACGAGGAGUCCCCGGCGGCGAAGGCGCCUCUGCUCGCGCCGGAGGACGGCCGGUCCCCGGCGACGCCGACGCCUGGGAUCGUCGGGAAGGCGCUGAGCAGCACGGCCGACCUCGCGAAGCACCUCCCCACAGGCGCCGUGCUCGCCUUCGAGGUGCUGUCGCCGUCCUUCACCGCGGACGGCAGCUGCACGGCCGCCAACCGCGCGCUGACGGCGUGCCUCAUCGGCGGCUGCGCGCUGUGCUGCUUCCUCCUCUGCUUCACCGACAGCUGCCGCGACGACAGGGGAGCCGUGCGGUACGGCUUCGUCACGCCCAGCGGCCGCCUCCGCCUCAUCGACGGCUCCGGCUCCGGCUCCGGCUGCUCGCCGGGGGCGGCGGACGGCAGGUACAGGCUCGGCGCGCGGGACGUGCUGCACGGCGUGCUGUCGUUCGCUGUGUUCCUGGCGGUGGCCAUGGUGGACCGCAACGUGGUGGCGUGCUUCUACCCGGUGGAAUCCCCGGCCACGAGGCAGCUGCUGGCGGCGGUCCCCAUGGCGGCCGGCGCGGCGGGGAGCUUCCUCUUCGCCAUGUUCCCGUCGACACGACGCGGCAUCGGCUUCCCCGUGGUGGCGGCCGCGUGACGCGUUCGCCGUACGUACGUGCGAGUGAUUCAUUUGCUUGAUACCUCCUAGAUGUCGUGUGAUCGUGUCUAUCUUAUGGAACGAGUUGCAACAAAUUUCUAUAUGUUUGACAUGAAUACAAGAAACUGUUGUCUGCUAAGUCCCUAUGUUCCAUAUAUAGUAAGGUUUUUAUGGCAUGCCUUAGUUUACAUGUAAAUAUAAAUAGAGUAAAGUGCAU